AUGACUUCGGCUAUGAACCACGAUAUGCACAUGACAGGCAUGACGGAGACUGGUACCAUGACAAUGGAUAUACCUGCUUCUACAGCCUCAGCUGCCAUGGACAUGGACCACGGAGGUAUGGGCGGCGGGUGCAAGAUCUCUAUGCUGUGGAACUGGAACACCGUCGACUCAUGCUUCAUCGCUAGUUCAUGGCGCAUCACCUCCAAGGGCAUGUUCGCCGGCUCCUGCAUCGGUGUAAUCCUCCUCGUCAUGUCCCUCGAACUACUCCGCCGCUCCGUCAAGGAAUGGGACCGUUAUCUCCUCCGUCAACACGCCGCCAAGCACCAAGAAUCGACCUCCUCCGCUGCUGCUGGUCCUUCUGGUGCCAAUGGCUCCGACAACGGCAAGGAUGGCAAUGCCCUCGUCAGCUGCGCCAGUCCCAUCCCUCCUUUUCGCCCCAAUGUCUGGCAGCAGGCCAUCCGAGCUUUGCUGCACAUGAUGCAGUUUGCUGUGGCCUACUUUGUGAUGCUGCUGGCCAUGUACUACAACGGUUAUUUCAUCAUCUGCAUCUUCAUCGGUGCCUACCUGGGCGCUUUCAUCUUCCAGUGGGAGACUCUGAGUGCGUCUGGAAAUACCAGUGCUUCCAAGGAGGCUACUGUUUGCUGUGGUUAA